CGACGACGAAAAUAACGCCAAUGGUGUUGAUGAUCAUGAAGAUGACGUUAGAGAUAUGGUCAGCUUGUGUGAAAUGCGAUGAUAAGAAUAAUAUGACGGCGAUGAUAAUAGUCAACAAUUUAUUCUGUUCAUGUCAGCCUAUGCUUUACCUUAAUUUUAGAGUAUUAAAAUCCUCUUAAUGAUAAAAAGAAGGGUGAAAUCAGUUACAGGAUACCAUUUUGCUUACAGCUAUAGAUUCAACGUUCUUUUGAACGCUAGAAAGCUUCUUAAACGCAAUGUUUUAUAUUGAAUUAAUGCACUAUUCCUUUUUACAGGUACGUCGACUGCCGGAUGUCGAAUACGUGGAGCAAGAUGGUGUAGUUCGAGCCAUGAAUGUUGGAUCUUGGGGACUUGAUAGAGUAGACCAACGCUACCUACCCCUUGACAAUAGCUACACACCUUCUGGUAGAUAUAGUUCUAUCUCUACUGGAGGGGAUGUUGUCGUCUACGUCAUAGAUACAGGUGUAAACCAAGAUCACGUUGACUUUGAAGGUCGUGCGACCCAUGCCUGGACAUACACGGGCGGCACAGCUGAGGAUUGUCAGGGCCAUGGGACCCACUGUGCUGGUAUUGUUGGUUCCAAGACGUAUGGCGUAGCCACGGAAGUCCAGAUCAAAGGAGUUAAAGUACUCAACUGCUAUGGUAGUGGAUCAUACUCCAACAUGAUUGCAGUGGGUGUAGACUCAGUUGGUCGAGCUGCCGUCGCCUCCAUGUCUGUAGGAGGGGGCGCCUCCACCAGUCUCGAUACGGCCAUCAGGGAGCUGGUGUCAAGCGGUGUACCCGUAGUCGUAGCUGCGGGAAACAGCAAUGCCGAUGCCUGCAAUUACUCUCCUGCCAGGGAACCUUCGGUAGGGUUUGUUCUCUUGUAUACAGUAGCGUAG